CAGCGUCGGUGGGGGUGGUGUUGAAGGCUACGGCUGGCGAGCAGGUGAGUCCAGCCGCCUCCCAGAGGAGUAGCCAGGCCACCGCCCGGACGGCCACGGCCGGGGGAGCCAGGACGCCGGAGAACGCGCGCCCCAGAAGAGCGCGCGGGGACAAAAUGCGGUCGGAGGAACCUGCGCACGCCUCACACCGCUCCUAGAGCGCGCUGUCACGGAGUUAGGGACCGGGACGGAAGACUCGCUGCGCGCACGCCAGCGGUUCACCCGUUACCCUGCUCCCCGCAUCCCCGGUCCCGGAAUGUUCUGGCGUCAAGGAGGCCGCGGUCCCGCCCCCUCGUCGCCCCGCCCCUCGCACUCCCGGUCGGGGGCGGAGCGAGGAGCUGCGCAAGCGCCGUGACGUAUGCCAGGGCAGUUGCUCUAGGGACCGCUCCGCGGUCCUCCAGCAUGACUGCGAGACCCGCGCGGUGUCCUGAGAACAGCCAAGCCCAGCUCCCGACGUCCACCUCCAAUUCCAGCAGGAAGUCAUUACGCGACUGACACAUUUUCAUCAGAUUUCCUCUGAUUUACCGUGAAGUGUAUGUGAGAAUGAUGUGCACUGCCAAGAAAUGUGGAAUUAGGUUCCAGCCUCCGGCUGUUAUCUUAAUCUAUGAGAAUGAAAUGAAGGGGAAAAGUCGCCAGCGCAUCAUGCCAGUCCGAAACUUUUCAAAGUAUUCAGAUUGCAGCAGAGCUGCUGAACAAUUAAAGAAUAAUCCACGACACAAGGGUUACCUGGAACAGGUAUCCCUGAAGCAACUAGAGAAGUUAUUCAGUUUUUUACGAGGUUACUUGUGGGGGCAGAGUUUGGCAGAGACAAUGGAACAAAUUCAGCGGGAAACAACCAUUGAUCCUGAGGAAGACCUGAACAAACUAGAUGACAAGGAACUUGCCAAAAGGAAGAGCAUCAUGGAUGAACUUUUUGAGAAAAAUCAGAAGAAGAAGGAUGAUCCAAAUUUUGUUUAUGACAUUGAAGUGGAGUUCCCACAGGACGAACAACUACAGUCCUGUGGCUGGGACACAGAGUCAGCUGACGAGUCCUGAUAACCAAAAACUAAAACAAAAAUUAUUGGGUAGUAGAAAAUCCAUGUUUAUACAAGACCAUAGAUUGAUUGUAGAAAAAUCUGUAAAGAACACUAUGCAUAUUGGUUCACGUUUGGAUUGACCAUGUUACUUUUCAAAACAAAGAUAUGUAGAGCAUCUACUAUGUAGGUGCAUAUGGAAUAUAGGGAAAACAGAAUAUAGGAAUCUGCCUUUAAGGAGCUUACAGUCUAAUUGGAAGAUAAGUCAAAAGCUUAUGAAAAGCUAGUUUAGUGGUAUUAGGCAGCAUUAGAUCCAAAUGCUUGAUAAAGGCUAGAGAGGAUCAGAACCUAGAUUACGGUAGGGUAGAAUAGUCAGGGAGGACUUUGUCCUUCAGUGGCAAGAUGGUACUUUGCCUGGCCCUUGAAAUGGUAGUAUUUGGAUAGAAGCUUAUAUAGGAUUCCAGAUUAAACUGGGAGGAAAAAAAGGGGGAUGUUGCAGGGGAUUGGUAAAGAGAUAGGAAUUAGAACGUUUUAUUUGAGGAACAGUAAGCAAAUUAUAGUUUGAUAAGAUCAGAGGGCAUAUAUGGUUGCCAGGGGAUUAUCCUUUAUGCACUGUCUUUAUAUCUAUUUAACUCUGGAGUAGAAGAGUACCCCUGCAGAAUGCCCUGCAGCUUCAAGUGGAUGUAAUCUGAUGGAUAGCAGGGGAAUUCUGCCCCAUGCCCCUGUCCCAGUAUCAGGAAAUAUGUACUAAAGACAUUCUGAAACCCUGAACCUCUUCCCAUAAAUAAGAGGUUUGUUUGUAAAAUGGGAAAUCUACCCAUAAUAAAUGAACAUAUGUAAGGCCAGUUUAGGCCUAUUCAUGAGUUUGUAUCUCCAAAGAGAAGAUCUUUGUUGGACAAGGUUAUAUAUGUACAGAUAUAUCUUUCUUCAUAUUAGAAUAUUAUUUAAUUGGUAGAAAUCCUGUUUUCUGCAAGGAAAUUAAUACCCAUUAAAUAAAG